CGCGCUAUAUAUAUACCCACUAAUAUGCAAUGAUUUCUCCACCCAGAAAAAUUAUAUACAGAGAGAGAGAGAGAGAGAGAGAGAGAGAUGGGGAGAAAACCAGCCGGUGAUACAGACGGGCUAAAAAGAGGAGCAUGGUGUGCUGAGGAAGAUGAAGUCCUUACUGACUACGUCAAAACACAUGGAGAAGGACAAUGGAGACAUGUUGCUAAAAAAGCUGGGUUGAAUCGGAGUGGGAAGAGUUGCAGACUGCGAUGGUUGAAUUAUCUUAAACCUGGUGUUAAGAGAGGCAACAUUUCUCCGGAAGAAGAAGACCUCAUUAUCAGAUUGCACAAGCUUCUUGGAAACAGGUGGUCUCUCAUAGCCGGAAGAUUGCCCGGUCGAACAGACAAUGAAAUCAAGAACUUCUGGAAUAUCAGUUUGAGCAAGAGAAUUCAAGAAGAAAGACCUCGACGCAUAAUUAAUAACAAGCAAGCACCUAAUGCUGGCGAUAAUCAUCAUCAACGUGGUAAUUAUUGUUCUAAUCCUUCCAAAGAUGAAGAUGAUCAAUCCAAUCCAGUGAAAUCCAAUCCGGUGGCACUAUCAGACAUCUCAGAUGAUCGUGAUCAGAAUUCGUCGUUGAGUUUUCUAAGAGAUUUCGACAGUUACAUCCAUGGCCUUUCACACGAGGCCGAAAUGAUCAAUGGAUUUGGAAAUUAUGUGGUGGAUGAUUCGAACUUUGUUGGACAUGGUGAUGGAACGAAGUGUGAGGAUUUAGUACUGAGGGAGGAUGUAGAAGCUGCAAUGUGGAAAAAUUUGGGUGCUACCAGUGAUCAUUUAUUAUUUCAACCAAACCAUGAAGAUGUAGACCUCCAUGCAAUUUCAGCUUUUCUCAAUUCACAAGAUGGCUAUCAUCAGUGGAUUAAUUAA